AUGGCUUUGCUGCUCCUGGCUGUCUGUGGGCUCCUGCUGCUUCUGGGGCUGUGGGGGCUGCUCCAGGGCUGUGCCCAGGAUCCCUCUCUGGCCCUGGGAUGGCCCCCUGGGCCUCGUCCUCUUCCACUCCUGGGGAACCUGCAUUUGCUGGGUGUGGCCCAACAGGACCGGGCACUGAUGGAGCUUUCAGAACGCUAUGGCCCAGUGUUCACAAUCCACCUGGGAUCUCAGAAGACUGUGGUGCUAUGCGGAUAUGAGGUGGUGAGGGAGGCCUUGGUGGGAACCGGGCAGGAGCUGGCCGACCGGCCCCCCAUCCCUAUUUUCCAGCUCAUCCAGCAAGGUGGGGGCAUCUUUUUCUCUUCCGGAGCACACUGGAGGGCAGCUCGCCAGUUCACAGUGCGCACACUGCACUCCCUGGGGGUGGGGCAGUCACUCAUGGCGGACAAGGUGCUGCAUGAGCUGGCAUGCCUUGAGGAGCAGCUGGACAGCUAUGGAGGCCGGCCCUUUCCCCUGGCCCUGCUGGGCUGGGCACCCUGCAACAUCACCUUCACGCUCCUCUUCGGUCAGCGCUUCGACUACCAGGACCCCGUGUUUGUGUCCCUGCUAGGUCUCAUUGAUGAGGUCAUGGUUCUCUUGGGGUCACUCCGCAUACAGUUGUUCAACACCUUCCCCCAGCUGGGGGCUCUGCUGCAACUGCACCAGCCUGUCCUGUGCAAGAUUGAGGAGGUGCGCACCAUCUUGCAGACCCUCCUGGAGGCGAGGAGGCCCCCCUCACCCAGGGAUGGCCCUGUGAGGAGCUACAUAGAUGCUCUACUCCAGCAGGGCCAGGAGGAUGACCCUGAGGGCCUGUUUGGCAAGACCAAUGCUCUGGCUUGUGUACUGGACAUGGUUAUGGCUGGAACAGAGACCACGGCGGCUACAUUGCAAUGGGCCAUCUUCUUGAUGGUCAAGCAUCCAGACGUGCAGGGCCGAGUUCAGGAGGAGCUGGACCUUGUGCUGGCCCCCAGGAGGCCACCCCGGCCAGAGGAUCAGCGGGCAUUGCCCUACACCAGUGCAGUGCUCCAUGAGACUCAGCGGUACAUCACACUCCUGCCCCACGUGCCCCACUGCACAACUGUUGACACUCAACUGGGCGGCUACCUGCUCCCCAAGGGCACCCCUGUGAUCCCCCUCCUGACCUCGGUGCUCCUGGACAAGACACAGUGGGAGACACCUGGCCAGUUCAACCCGGGUCACUUUCUGGACGCAGAUGGGCGCUUCGUGAAGCGAGCUGCCUUCCUGCCAUUCUCCACAGGCCGCCGAGUCUGUGUGGGAGAGAGCCUGGCCAGGAUGGAGCUUUUCUUGUUGUUUGCUGGCCUCCUCCAGCGCUACUGCUUGCUGCCGGCACCUGGCCUCAGCCCUGAAGACCUGGACACCCAGCCGGCCCCGGCCUUCACCAUGCGGCCGCGGGCCCAUAACCUGUGUGCGGUGCCUAGGCCCUAG